GGAACUCAUGAUUUCACUUUCUAUUUUGCUGAACCGAAUCGAAGAAGUCGAGACAUUUCAGAUUAAUCUUCUCCUCUCAGUGGAUCAUUUUGUAAAAAUAUUUCUCUCCAUGGACAGCAAGGAGGCAACACGCAUCUGCGGCCAGUGUCACAAGGAGGUUGCAGAGGCCAACUUCGCUCUGCAUGAAACACACUGCAGCCGUUUCCUGUGUCUCUGUCCUGACUGUAAUGAAGCCGUUCCCAGAGACCAGCUGGCCGAACACAAGGAGGAGCAACACUCUCUGGUGAGAUGCACCAAAUGUAGCAAGAAGAUGGAGCGUUGUCAGCUAGCAGACCAUGAGGCUGAUGAGUGUGAGGAGCGUCUGCAGAGCUGUGUGUUCUGUGAGCUGGAGUUAGCGUGGAAGGAGCUGGACCAGCACUGUCUGGCCUGUGGGAGUCGCACCGAGCUCUGCAGGGACUGCGGCCGCUACGUCAAACUGAGGGACCAACCUGAGCACGAGAUGACCUGCUCAGCCACCGACAACAACUCAAGUCCUCCUCUGACUAACAGCAGCGCUCCCAGUACAACAGAAAUAGAAACAGUGAGCUGCAGCAGAUGUAUGGGAUCGUUUCCAGCUGAGGAUCUAGAAGAACAUCAGCUGAAGUGUGCUGGAGCCACCAGGUUGGAUGAUGAGGAGGACAGUGAGGAUGAUGAGGAUGAAGGUGAUGUUUGGGGGCAGGGAGCCACUGCUCAGCUAAGCAGCACCUUUCAGGCACGUCUGUCAGACAGACUCAGUGAAGCUCGCUGGGAUAAUGCAGCUGACCCUCACCAGAUCAGCACCUGCCCACACUGUCAUCUGGCCCUGCCCCUCAUCACUCUGCGCUGGCAUGAGGCAAAGUGCCAAAUUCACAUCCUCUUGAAAUAGAGAGAGACAACUGGUCAGGAUGGAUAAGCUGCCUCAGAGGGUUUUGAUUCAUAUUAGAGAGCAUUUGGGCUGUUGGAAUGGAAUUUGAGCUGCUACAGACCUUUGGGACACUUUCUCAUGUUUGUCUGAGUGUUUACAUUUAGUUUUAUUCACAUUUAGUUUUGGUUCUUGUAUGAAUUUGUGCUUCCACAAAGAAAAUACUAGUUUAGAAAGUAAACUUGACACUCCUGAUAUCUUUGCAAGGUACAAUCUGUUAACUAAAAGCACAGCUACUAAACUGUAAAGCAGCAGAAUAGUCAGUUUUCUUGUCACAAUAAAGUGCGUUGGGUGGAUGGUCUUUUCUGAAAAACUCCAGAUGAAGAAGCGUGUGAUGGGAUGUACAUGUAACAACAUGCUGAGUUCUGUUCUCAUGAGAAUAUAAUGUUUGCCUUGCUGAUUUGUCGUUACUGUGUGCUCACACUGCUGUCCUCUCUGCCAUGUUGAAUCUUCUUGGACACUUAGUUUGUCACAGUUUUAUGGCUUGCAUAGUUUGUUAGCAGCCCUCAAUGGACACUGACCUAUGUUUUGUUUGUUUGGCAUAAUUAACACAACACCCAUCCUUACAAAUUAAAAUAGACAAAGACCUGUCUGAAUCUCAGAUAUUCUUUCAUGUUUUAGAUUUUUUUUAUCUAAAAAAACCCCAUGUUAUUAAAGCUUGUGUUUAUGUGUUAACAUAUCCAUACAGUGUUUUCUAUGUAUGCUGGAAGACGUAUCAUCAGAGAAAAACAUAGUCGGCACUGUGGCUGAUCAUUUCCUCCUUGAAACUGCAGCAUAUUAAAGUCUCAAAAACAGA